CAGAGAGGACGUUUCUCCGCUUGUCUGUAAAGCAAAACCCCGGAGUCCCGUAGCAGACGCGGCGAUGGCAUCGAAGACUGUCAAGGAUACCGAGCGAAGCUGCGUGUUGUGUUGCCAGGAGAUAGAGAUAUUCGCCCUGGGGAAAUGUGAUCACCCGGUGUGCUACCGCUGCUCCACCAAAAUGAGGGUGCUGUGCGAGCAGAAGUACUGCGCCGUCUGCCGGGAGGAGCUCGACAAGGUUCUUUUUGUAAAGAAACGUGACCCAUUUUCAACUAUAGCAACCCAGCAUUUUCAGUGUGAGAAAAAGCACGAUAUUUACUUCAGUGAUGCAGAGAUCCACACGCAAUUCAGGCAGAUUUUACAACACAAAUGUCCACAAUGCCCAGAGUCGAGGGUCUUCACCAAGUUUGAAGAACUGGAACACCACAUGAGAAAACAGCACGAGCUGUUCAGCUGCAAACUCUGUGCAAAGCAUCUCCAGAUUUUCACUCAUGAACGCGAGUGGUACAAUCGUAAGGAGCUGGCUCGUCAUCGCACGCAAGGGGACCUCGAUGACACCUCCCACCGCGGACACCCUCUCUGCAAAUUCUGUGACGACCGCUAUCUGGACAACGAUGAGCUGCUCAAACACUUGAGGAGAGAUCACUACUUCUGUCAUUUCUGUGAUUCAGAUGGUGCUCAGGAAUACUACAGUGAUUAUGACUACCUACGAGAACAUUUCCGUGAGAAGCAUUACCUGUGUGAGGAGGGCAGGUGCAGCGCUGAGCAGUUCACCCACGCUUUCCGCACAGAGAUCGAUUACAAAGCCCACAAGGCAGCCUGCCACAGCAAGAGCAGGGCAGAGGCUCGUCAGAACCGGCACAUAGACCUGCAGUUUAACUACGCGUCCCGGCACUCACGGAGGAGUGAGGGUAUAGUAGGAGGGGAGGAUUAUGAAGAAGUAGAUCGCUUUAACAGACACUCGAGGGCAGAGAGAGGAGGAGGAGGAGGCGGUGGCGGCCGGGGAGGGCAGCAGAACAGGAGAGGCAGCUGGAGGUACAACAGGGAGGAAGAGGACCGGGAGGUGGCAGCAGCGGUGCGAGCGUCGGUGGCGGCGCGCAGACAGGAAGAAAAGAGACCGGCACAAGAGCGAGAGAUCUCAAAACCUAAAGAAGAGGCCACGGAGGCUGAAGACUUCCGUCAUGCAAAAGCACCAGCCAAGCCAGCCAGCGAAGCUGCAGGUGCCAAAGAUGCUGCUAAACCAGUAAACAAUAAUGGUCCUCUAAAGGGUGAAGAGUUCCCUGCAUUGGGAGCGAUGACAACACCUAUUCCAAGCACUAAUACAGCAGCUGCUGUAAAACUGAAAGAAGAAGACUUCCCAAGUCUGCUGAGCAAGUCUGUAUCGUCCCCGAUGACCCCAGCGUACACUGCACAGCCCCGGAAACCUUCUGCAUUCCAGGAGGAGGAUUUCCCAGCACUGGUAUCCAAAAUCAGAGCUCCGAAACAAUGCGGCAGCGCUACCUCUGCCUGGUCCACCUCCUCCAACAAGAACGCUGGCAGACCAAGCCCCGCUGCCUCCCCCUUCCCCUCCUUCAACACCCCUACCCCCAGCUCUUCAGCGUCCACUCAGCCAAGGAAGAAAACCCUGCCGGCAAGCAAUAGUAAAAGCAACCCAAGGAACAAGUUAUCUCCCGCUUCUGAUGAAGACGAUGACCGCAGCGGGAAGACCACUCAGGAGAUCCGGAGCGUGCCGACCAUGCUGGAUAUCUCCUCUCUAUUAACAGGGAGAUCGGCUCCCCCGGCGUCGAUGCCCCAAACUGUUUCCAAAGUUGGCAAAAGAAAGAAGAUGGGCGUGGGGAAGCAGAGCCCAGCCUUCACUGCAUCGCUGACUCCUCCUCCUAUGGCAACGACAGCUAACGUGGACCAGAAGGAGAAUGUCCCAGAGAUUAAACAGCCGCCUUCAAAAAUCACACAGCCUGCCAGUAAAGCAACUUCCAAAACAAACCUGAUCAAUGGUCAUUCUGAACAGCCUGCAGAGAACAGCACGCUAGUUACAAAGGAGCCGCCUGGACUCAAAAAGCAACUGGCAUCAGAGCCUUGCCCGCUGCCUGAAGAAGAAUUCCCUGCUCUGCUGCCUAAAAAAACUCCCCCAGGUUUUAACACAGUGUUUGCAAUGAAGGGAGGGUACUCCAGCCUUUCCCCUCCUCCACCCCCGGGACUAGCAGCUGCCCCGAGCAAACCUCCUCCUGGAUUCACUGACAUUGCUUUGAAUGCAAAUUUAUUGGAGCCUACCCUUCCAACAGUCAACGAACCAGCAUUUACAGCAGGGACCUACCUCGUGCCUGAGAAUUUCCAGUUCAGGAACAUGGAGCUCAUCCAGUCUAUAAAGAACUUCCUGCUGGAUGAGGAGUCUAAGUUCAACCAAUUUAAAACUUUCUCUGGACAGUUUAGACAAGGCCACAUGUCUGCAGUACAGUACCACCAGAGCUGCAGAGAGCUGCUGGGAGAGAACUUCAAGAGGAUAUUCAACGAGCUGCUGGUGCUUCUGCCUGACACGAGCAAGCAGCAGGAGCUGCUUGCUGCUCACAACCAAUGCCAGGCCUCCAACAAGCCCAAAAAGAACAAGAAGAAUGCUUGGCAGACAGGCAACAACAACAACCUAGAGCUGGACUGUCGGAUCUGCCCCUUCUGCAGACAGGUCCUGACAGAGAAGGACUUCAUCACGCACAAGAGCCAGCACAGGCAAGACGAUGACUUCCCUUCUCUCCAGGCCAUCAGCAAGAUCGCGAGCUAGCCCACAAUGUGCUCUCUGUUAACCAGCCUUGCGUCUGUGCAGCAGUGCAUGGGAUAAGAAGCGUGCUGCUGGCAGUGGGGUGAGCAUUGCAUGAGCAAAGCACUUAAGAGAUCGAAACGGAGAGGUUUCGGGGAACAGAGUUGUCCUGGGAAUGUGCUAGAGUUAUUAAUAAAGAUUACAAUGUUCUCCUUCA